CGCCUCCACGCCCGCCCCCGCCUCCGCCCGCGGCGCGGACUUCUUCACCACCCCAAUGGUCCCCGGGCCCGGGCGAACCGGCCGGCUGCAGCCCACGCGUCUAGAGAACAGGUUCGGCACGGGCACGGGCGCCGUCAUCAGCGCCAUGGUCUACCCGGACGCCACCGUGGCGUCGGCCACCUACCAGCGGCAGAUGCCCCCGUCGCGGGCGCCGCCCGUGCGCCACGGGUGGUUCCACGUCAGCGAGACGGGGCGGAACUGGGGGCGCGCACCCCUGGACGCCAGCCUCGCCAGCACCCCCGCCCCUCGUGCUAGGCCAAACCCCAGGGUGCGCCCCGUCCCCCGGGCUGGCGUCGUACCACGACGGCUCUCGUACUCGGACGACUCGUCGGAUUGGAAUCCCAACUGCAGCCGCCAGACGGAGCCGCAGGUCGAGUUCCCGCCCAGCUCCCCCAGUUCGGCUUACGACACCAGUUACCACACGGCACCUUCGUCCGCAUACAGCGAAUACCACAGUUUUCAGUAAUCUGACACGGGAUCCGGUCGAGAUCCAAGUAACAUUUUGUCCCCAUCCCAACUGUCCUCUUCCCCAACGCCGCCCCCCCCCCCCCCAAUUAAGGCA